UCUUGAAGCUUUUUGUCCUUUGACUUUCUUCCUUAAUUCGACUUUAACUCAAUAUCUGUAGUCUAUAUUAACUCUAUGCGUCCCUCCCAUUGUUCUGAAGCCAUACAGUGGUGAAUGAGAGAUGCGUCAGCUUGGUGAAGCAGCAUUUGGUAGUUUAGAGGCGUUGGAAGUUCUCAAUCGCAGAUAGGAUCUCUUGGAACCUGGAACCAUUAUCUUUCCUUCGGACCUACACGCCUAAAUUCUCAUAAUACAACCCAAUUAUCCGUAUCGUCACCUAUCAGGUCCGGCAGUCGGCACUCGCCUCUCCUCCUCCGCAAACCCCACAUUCCCAAUCUGGGGCGCGGCGUACGUGGAGGCGCUGCAUAUAUAUUGCGGAGAUACAAUCCUGGGCCCAUGUGUAAGGUCACAUAGUUUGAUUCAAGGAGUCAGUAGACCAUCUAGUCGGGAAUGCGAGGGCAUUCGCACCAAUGGAAGACGAAAUUUGCGUUGUCCAGGGAAGUAAGAUGGAUUUGCGAGGGCAUGGUGAGAUGGGAUGAAAGGGGAUAAAUGAAAAACCUUGAUAAAGUGGUACUGGGACAAUAAACUGGUUCGGAGAUGAGGAAGUAAUAUCUGGCUGGCUGAGGUCUGGGUGAUGGAUUUCCGGCCAUGUGGUGGCUAUAUGAAGGAUGCGGCGCCCUGAAGUGCAUCAAAAUAUCAAUCGUGCUCUCUUUAUCCAAAUUGUUCUGUUGUGUAAGAUCAGAUAAGAUUAUCUACUUCUUCCAGCAUGAAAUCAUUCGCAUCUGUUCUUGCCUGCUUUUCGGCAUUAGCUAGCCAAGGCUCUGCCCAUUGUAAGCUUUCGGUCCUCAUGACGCUCUCGGGAAGCAGAACUGAUAACAAGAAGAUAUCUUCGAUCAACUUACCUAUGGCGGAACCAAAUAUGCGGUGUACCAGUACAUCAGACAGAACACGAAUAUGAACUCGCCUGUCAUAGAUUUGGAUUCAACUGAUCUGAGAUGUAACCAGGGAGGCGUGACUGGCGGAAAUACGCAGACGAUUACAGUCACAGCUGGAUCUUCUUUCACUUUCACCACAGAUACCGCAGUCUAUCACAAUGGUCCUCUCUCUAUGUAAGUUAUGCAAGACUUGGUUGGCAAACACUUCUGAUACUGGGUAGGUAUAUGGCCAAGGCGCCUGGCUCUGCAGCAGCCUUUGAUGGAUCCGGACAAGUGUGGUUCAAGAUCCUCGAUCUUGGUCCUACGUUCGACGCAAGUGGGACUGCAACAUGGCCCUUGGCUCAGACAUAUACAUACAACAUCCCAAAGGCAUUACCCAAUGGCGACUAUUUACUCCGCGUCCAACAACUCGGAAUCCACAACCCUUAUCCUGCCGGCAUUCCCCAGUUCUACAUCUCUUGUGCACAAGUCACCGUCACUGGUGGAGGAAGCGGUACGCCUGGGCCACUUGUCUCAAUUCCAGGUUUCAUCAAAGGCGAUGAGCCUGGCUAUACGGUCAACAUCUACUCCAACUUCAAGAACUAUACUGUACCCGGACCAGCUGUGUGGAGUGGCCAGAAUGCUAGUGGUGGGGGUGGAGGAAGCCCAGUGACAACAACUGCUACUAAACCAACCACGACAACCUCAAAGCCUGUGUCUGCGACUUCUACCACGAGCACGACGAAACCAGCUACUACCACAGCAAAUGGUGGAGUCGCUCAAAGAUGGGCUCAGUGCGGCGGCUCUGGAUGGACAGGGCCUACGGUGUGCAUUAGCCCAUAUGUUUGUACCUAUUCAAACCCAUCAUACUCUCAAUGCUUGUAAGUGGGCUACUCUUCGUGGUUGAGACCUAGAUCAAUCUGAGUAUCCAACUGUUGUAUGUAGUGCCUCGGGGUCAGGAGAUGUACAUAGUUAGACAUAUUCUUCUCUUCUGCACAAACUCUGGAAUAAUUCUUCUUUUCUAAGAGAGUACGAAACAGAUAAAUCCGUCAGGCAUUUUUUGCUGAGUGUUGAAAGCCAAUAGUUCAUCAACAGGCGGCUACAAGACCAAGGAUCUUAUGUGAAUAAAUGCCAAUCCAACCAGAAUCCGAGCUUGCGACAGACAGAUAAAACUCCCUUCUGUCCUGUCACUGUUUUCUUUUGUCAUGCCGGUACAGAGUCCCCAUGUAGAUAACCUUUAUCCCGUACAAAGCGACCCGCUCUCCUGUACAGUACGACACGCUCUGUAGCCCCCUUUAGCUCUUCGUGGAGCACCCCUAAAUCCUUUGCCAGCCAUUUUAUGGAACCUUCCAUUGCAGCGAUUGGUCACCGAAUCCAGUAUCAUUUCUUUCCCAUGGACUACCUCCUUAGGGCCCAGCCCGACCUGGAGAGUGGGGUGAGAGAAGGAAGAUCUGAGCUUGCUAUGCCACUUCAGAAUUCCAAAAUUUCUUGAACACAUUAUUUCGGAGCCUUAAUGCCAAGUACCACGUAAGUGCCAGGGCUGGGUGUAUUUGCGCCGAAUCGUGCGCCCAGAAGUCCAAGGGUCCGGUGCUUUGACAACAAGAAUCAAACUCUCAAGUGUGUUGACAGCUAUCCUACUAACCUUGAGAGGAGCUGUUCUCCAGUCCUGGCACAACUCUCGUUGAAAAAUAGAAGAUAGCCGUGCGAAGUCUAGGACUUCGCUCGGUAAGUAAUCCUUGGUGGGAUCGUUAUCCCAUACGAGGUCAAGACUCAAUGUGCGUAAGUUGGAAGCUGACUGCACCAUGUAUCGCAAGGACUUCUCAUACAAGCUGCUAGAGACUAAGGAUAGCUUUUGAGGUGUUGGUGUAUCGAUAUUAGGCCACAUUGUGUCGUCUUGGGAGCCAGGACAGACCGAUAUCUCAAUGGACUGGAUCAUUGGUAGGCCGAAUAGAGAGGUGAUUGCACAUGAGUUCCAUCGUACACGAUGAUUUGGGUUUAAAAUUCGUACAUGCUUCAGUCUUGACAUGCCCGAGAAGUUCAAGGCCAGGGGGAUCCUGGAUGGCAAUGAUGGAACAACUAACAUCUGCCUGCAAUCCACAGGGCUAAAGAGCUCUCGGAGGUCCAGGCAGAAAGACAAGAUCAACCUGUUAAGUAUCUCCAGAUUACCAGCAGCAAGUGAUCGCCAAAGCGCAACACCCUCAAGAUCGAUGGACAGGGAACGAGCUCUUUGUUGAAGAAGUGCCAGCUCCUUGGCGUUAAAGCCUAUAAUUCCUGCUCUCGUGAUCUCAAAUAUGAGCCGACUUUGACGCUGACUAAGCUCAAAAGAUGGAAUUUCCGGUGUGCCAAAGUGUCUGAUAUGUUGGCCUAGAUCUGGUCUAGUCAAAAGCGUUCUCAAGAGGAGGAAAAGAGGGGGGCAGAAUGACCAGGUUCGUCGUCCAAAGCUUUUGUCGGAAAUCGAUCUGUACAUCAGCGGCUCCAGGGAGGUGCGUAGACCACGGCAUGUCUUCAGGAGUCCAAUGAAUUCUGUUUGAUGCAUAUUCCCGAUGAUCUGUUCUGAAAGCUCUAGAGGGAGCAAUAUUUGUUGCGACAUGUCGUCAAUAUUAGCGCUAAUAGACUGUUUUUGUCUUCCAGCGCUCCAAGAUAAAACGAGAAACAGGCUGGGGUUUCGAUUGGGACAUGAGACACUUAUAACACACAGGCUAGCUGCUGUGGAACUGUAGAAAAGAGCCUAGACUGGAUCUGUUUGCGGCAAAUCUGGUAAUUCGGGCAGUGUUUGUUGGUUUAAUCUAAUGAACCAACUCCCCAACCUCGUAUAGGUUGUCGCGUACACGACAGAAGACGCUAUCAGCGUGACUGGAAACUAGACGGGAUCAAUCAAUAAGAAUGUAAAGCACGGAAGUGAUCUGCUUCAUGUUCACGGGAAUUGUAUCUAAAGGCGAUGAAUAAGGAUGAAGUAUUUGGAAGAAGUUCGUCUUUCCUUUUCAUCAGGUACCCCGCCUAACGCCCCUGCCUAUUAAUUACCCCGCUAAAACAUGAGUUACCAGUACAAGAUUCAGAACUCUGGACCCCCGCUCCGAAUCCCCUUCCUAUCCCCUCCAACGGCCUGUUCGCAUCGCAUUCGACACUGUUUGGCUCGCACUCCCUUCUUGAUUCGGUCUUCCGCAGGUCUUGUAAUCGCGCCUUUACUCCUGCUUCAAGACAAAGAUGGGCUUCCCUUGCACUCAUGGGCUACGGACUGCUUCUUCUGCGCCAACGUACCCCAUGCGGCUGUCCCAAGAACAAAAACUUGCAGUGGGAUGAUCAUGACAGUGAGAUACAGUGCCGUCUUGCUCUCCUUGCACAACAUGUUCCAGUGUGGUUGGACAUCCAUGUCAACGGAAGACCACUGGCAGGACCAGCUUUGUAGGGAGGAGUUGGUCUGCGAGGCAUUGACUCCGUAGAAGAAGGAUGUUGCGAUGAGGGCGGCAAUGAGAGAGAUGGUUGGAGAUAGAUAGGAGAUGCCGGUGGAGACGAGGCUGAUUCUCUUGAUCUAUUGGUAUGAUAUUAGAAGCUGCAAGACUGAACGAUAGGAAAUACAUACAGCAGGGACUUUCGUCGCAAUCAAGAAUGCUAUGCUAGAGAGCAUAAUGAUUGUUCCGCAGGUGACAAGCGCAACAGUAGGUCUCAGAUCGAACUCGCGAGGCCAUAAUGCAAGAGGGAAUUCUGAUCCGAGAGUUGUCUUGUUGUACACGCCAAGGGUAUCGCCAGCUGUUCCUAUGAUGGUGAUGGAGGAGAGGAGAGCAAGGACUGUCAGACCCAGACCGACAGAAUCGACGACGCGAGAUGCACCACUCUUCUGCGGUCUCGCAGCAGGAGUAUCAAACUCCUGGAACUCGGAUUGCAUCUCAGGCUUGCUGGACGUAACGGACAUUGUGAAUUGAGUAGGGUGUUUUGACGAGCUAAGGAACGAUACAGGUUUGUGAAAAGCGAAAUGGAAAGGUACUGGAUCAACCGUUGAAGAAUACUAUUGCAAGAGAGGGAGGAAACGAAACGUAGAAGUACUUAUCAAAAGCCCUAGUUAGACGCUGGUCGUGGGCCAUAAAUAGGAAAGACAGCGCCUGUACUUCACUUUCGAGAUAAGAUGCUGGGCUAGUUUCUGAGGAGGCUGCAGGAGGGCCUCGUUGCCGCCUCCUGUCAGAUUCUAUUUCCCCCCUCCCGCUCUUGGACCCGCGAGAUGCGGGUUGUCGUCCAGUGAAAUAUCCAGGAGAAGCUGGGAGGUGACGGGUAAUUGUGUGGGAGCGCCCGAUUGGGGAUCCGCGGUGGUUGGGGUUUCUCGCUUGUGAUUGCGACGGCGAUGUGAUUGGCGAAGGUUAUUUUGGGCGGCGCUUCGUUGCAUUGGAUCCUGGGGGGCUAUCAAACUCUGAAUAGAAAGAAUGGUGGAUAUGGACGACUUCAUCUGCAUGUUGUCUGCAGGUAAGCCGGGUGUGUUACAGCAAAGUCUUUGGGAAGGUGUUGGCAAUGUUGGAAAUACUCGAGAAGUUGGGUAUCAU